UCGCUCAUCGUCGCCGACGGUCAGUGCAUACGUCGCGCUCGUCGCUGCUCGGUGCUUCUCGGUGUGAUUCGGCCGGCUCUAUGCGGUUGCGAGCGAGCGUGCUCGUGAAAUUGCCGUUCCGUGCAUCGAGUUUUCCCGCGCGUCGAAAAUCGCGACGCGAAUCGACUUUGCCGCAAUCACUUCUCAUUCAACUGUGUGCGCGCUGCAAUUUUCAACGUGGAUGACAUCCGUUUCACAGGACCGCAGGACGAAGCGGCCUACUGACGCGUUGCUCCGCUUGUUUCUCGGCGACGAUCGAUUUUAGCCGCGUUCACCCGCGUCCUACACCUAAAGCGCGCAACUCUCCGCUUUAACGAGACACGCAUUGCGCCCUAUUUUCAAAUGAAUUAUUGAUAAAGAUUGAUCUGCCGUGAUUACGCGCGCUUCUACACGCAUUGCAUUGGUCUCGUCGAGACAUCCAAACGUAUUACGCCAUUAUCGAAUAUUAUAAAAUUCUAAAAAUAUGUGAUUGUUAUUUAUUACUUGAUCACUUGAUCACUUCAUUUAUAAUAUAUCGCUCUAGAUACGUGUAUCAUGAUAUCGUUAAAGAUUAAUUAAAGUUAUAAUCACCGAAUUUAUCACCGAUAAACAUCGCGCAGCAUUAUUUCUUUUUUGACAUAUCUAUUUCAUCUGAGCCGUAUAUUGGGAAGUAGCAGGUCGCAAAUGACGAUGUACCGCGAGAAGCGCACGAAAAAUUGCGCGCACGCGCUUUCUCCAUUCCCCUCCGCAUGCGGAUUUAGGAAAUGUAGGUCUAGCCUUUUAUACUUUCUUCGUGGCAGUCUACUUUCCUCACGCGGGGCUGAAAUCACCCGCUCGUCUUCGUCAGUCCGAGCGUCAUCGUCUCUCGGAGAGUAUCGCUUCGUAAGAGAUUUUCGCAAAACAACUUCUUAAUACGAAUCGAAAAUGUCUGACAUUGAAGGCGAUGACGAGUUUCAAGAUGCUCAGGAAUCUUUACCACAACUGGCUUCUAUGGACUUGGAUACUUCGAUAAUGGAAGCGAAAAAGGCGAUUCAUUGUUUUUUCAACAAUGAUUUCGAACAGGCAAAGAAAAUUUUGGAACCGUGGGCGGAUAGUAGCAUGUACCAUUCUCUGGGGACUAGCGUAUUCGCAUUUCUAGAAGCAAUUCUUACAUUUGAACAGAAACAUGUUGAGAAGGCGUCGGAAGCACUGAAGCAAUGCAUGAGCGUAUGCUCCAAACAUCGAAAACACACCACUAUUACGCAGAACAUUGGAAAAAUGGUCAAAAAAAUCAACUAUGACGCUUAUACAAAUGUGGAAGUGCAUGCGGAACUCUGUUAUGCCGAGUCACUCCUCUUAAAAUCGAUGCUCACGUUCAUAGAGGAUGAAACUCUGGUCAGCUUUGUGAAGGCAGGACUGAAAAUUCGUACCUGUUUUCUGUCGUAUAAGGAAUGUAUGACAAUCUUAAACAAUCGUAAGUGGGGAAACGACAUUCGCAAGGUACAUUUCGAGAGCGGCGUUCGUAUGGGCAUUGGCACAUUCAAUUUGAUGAUCUCGUUGUUACCAGCGCGGAUUAUUAAAUUAUUGGAGUUUAUUGGAUUCUCAGGCGAUAAGGAAUACGGCCUAGCGGAAUUGAAGUCCGGCUACGAUGAGAGGAGGGGCUUACGACAGAUUCUAUGUGUGAUGACCUUAUUGUCAUAUAAUUUAAUCGUCACUUUUGUAUUGAGUCACUCUGACGGAGAUCUGGAAUGGUGCGAACAGGUUUUGGAGCAAGAGUUGAGCCUUUAUCCAAACGGUGUGUGGUUCCUAUUUUUCAAGGGAAGACUAGAACUCACGAGGGGGAACUUUGAGAAGUGUAUAGACUGGUAUAUCAAAUCAUGGAAGAGUCAGAAUGUAUGGCCGCAGUUCCAUCAUCUUUGUUACUGGGAGUUGAUGUGGGCACACUGCUCGAUGCAACAAUGGAACAAGGCGAUCACAUACGCUACGAUGUUGGCGAACGAGUCCAACUGGUCGCGCACCAUUUAUCUGUACCAGAAAGCCGCGAUCUUGAUUAUGCAAAAACCGGCAUCGUCGAGCGAGGAGAAGCAGCUGAUCGACAAUUUGAUGAUGCAAGCGCCGACCUACAAACAACGUAUCGCCGGUAAAUCGUUGCCAAUGGAGAAAUAUGUAAUCAAGAAAACGGAGCGUUACUUUGCGCAAAAGAAAAAUUUAGUCGUGCCUAUAUUCGAGCUUAUGUACGUGUGGAAUGUGUUUAGGAUAAUAGGCAAACGGCAAGAUUUGAUAAUGAAUAUAUUCAAAAGAAUAGAGGAGGAAGAGAAAGAACUCCAAACAGCACCGAAAAGUGAAUAUCAUGCAGACAAUGAAGCGCUCCUGUUGCUAUUGAAAGGUGCUUGUCUGAGGCAAAUGCAGCAUCCUUUGCAAUCAGAAGAGUGUUUGCGACGCGUUUUACAACUGGAAAAAUCCGUCAAGCAAGAUACAUAUUUAUUUCCUUACGCUACUGUUGAAUUGGCGUUAUUGGCUCAAGAUCAGGGUGACACUCAAUUGGCUAUAGGCUUUCUGGAAGACGCUAAGAAAAAUUAUACAGGCUAUCUAUUGGAGUCCAGAUUACACUUCAGAAUACAUUCGGAUAUGAUGAUAUUGACUGGUAAAAAGACCAAUAAUCAUAUGACAAAGAAAUAUGAAAAUCGACAACUCGAAGCGAACAUUACUGCCAACAAUAGUGUCAUUAUUCCGGGUCCAAGCGUGGACGAGUCUAUUGAAAUUAAGCUAUAGAAAUUUUGUAUAAAGCAGUUAAUACAAAAAUUCACUUAAUUUUUAAUAAGUUCUUUUGUAUCUUCCUAGGCAAUGAAUAUAUCUCGUACAUAUUACAUAUUGUAUAUUACAAAUGAUGGCUGACUUGCGAGCUUAUCGUUCUGUAAUUUUCCUCUAAAUUUAUGAAGGGCCUCGCAAAAUUUCAUCUCACUGUCUAUAGGUUUCUAAAGUAUCAGUGGAGAUUUUUAAGAUUCUUAGACAUGGUUUCUCAGACAACACGCAAAUCUUAAAGACAUUCAAAAGACGUCAUUUUUUUUUUAACAUCUUUUGGACGUCUUUCAGAUGUCUUUCAGAUUUACGUGUUGUCUGGGUUGUAGCACUGGAUAUCAAUAUAUAAAUUAUUUUUCUCUACGAGCAGAGAUCAGCGAGGUAAUGUGAAAGUGAUAUUUUGUAGGAAUUAUAAUGUUAACAUACAUAAAAUUAUCUCUGUGAGAAAAAUAAAAAAAGUGUAGUAUAUAUGUCUCGCGGGAUUUCGGGACUUUACACGAUACUGUCGGACAUAUAUUUUGUAGCGAUUAAUAUUAUAUAAUAUAUUAUAUAUAAAUUAUUUUCCUUUACAAAAAAAAAUCAACGAGAGAGAGAGAAAAAAAAGAGGGAGAGAGAGAGCCUCUAGUGUGAACUGUGAUCAUUCUAAAGUAAUUGAUAAAACAUUAUUAUAAAUAAUGAUGUUAUAUUAUAUGAGCUUGUAAAUAUGCAAAAACGAUUAAAGAUCGUGUAAAGGAAA